AUGGCUACGCGAAACGUGACCGGGUCGCAGGUGCGGCAGAGCAUGGCGACCAGCGGAAGCGCGCUCAAGUCGAGACAACUCGCACAGCUCAACUCGCAACUCGCCCAACUUUCGGUCAAUCUCUCUGAUACAGAGAACCUACUACGCAUGACCAGUGUGCAGGCGGAGGCGAUGAGGGGGUUGGGCAGCUGGCAUGGCGGGCUGUUCAUGGCGGCGAGUAAGGUGCUGGGAGAAGAAAGCGUCAAAGAGGCUGGCCAGCCAGGGAAGUAA